GCGCCGUGGAUGUGUUCAGCGUCCAGUCUCACUCCUUUUCGACAAAGAGCAGCUCCAGAGUUUCUUUUAGCAUUCAGACCUCUUCGGUAGCGAUGUUUUCUCACAGUACUGGCAAACAGAAGCAAUGUUUCGAACUUGCUUUAAAUGUGAUUUCCGACUUCGUUUCUCCGCCUCUCCGCCCCGCCCAGAAGAUCGAGACCAAUGACGAGGCACGUCGCGCCCAAUAACGACAUACGUCAGCUGCAUCCACCGUAAAGACGGAGAGAAACCUUAGACGUGGCGUACAGCCAUGCGUACUAGCAUGCGUCAGAUGCAUGGAUGUAUUCUGAGAGCUGGAUACCGGACCGAAAAAUGCGUCCUUUCAGUCUUAUCAGAGUUGUUCGCCUGGCGUAUAAUUGUGCAUAAUUUAAGUCAGCACGGAAUGAGAUGUGCACCUUCAUUACUCUACUGGCCUGAACCAAAAUCAUUACCUGUGUUCCUCCUGCGGGUAGCCCCACGUUUUUACUCGGUGCCACCAUAGACUGUGGUGCCAUCUGUCAUAGCUACAUAGAUAUAGGAAAGAUCCGGUAGGUGGUGAUAUUGUCAAAUAAGAGCUUCAGUGAAACUUCAUUGUGGUUUAAUACCCUUUUUUACUUUUCUUUUACAGUGUAUGGUUUAUACUUAUCUCCACAGCUGUGGGACAGUAGAGAACAUUAUUAUAUCAUAGAUGUGUGUUAAGUCAAUAUAAAGCUAUAGUAAAAGAUAGUUCAGUCUGUCUUAUCAUUCAUCAUGUAUCUAUAUUAAGAAUCCAAACACUUCUGGAUUAAUGUUACAAUGUGGUUUUGUGAUUCACUCUCAGUCUUUGUUGUGAUCAGAUCAGUUAUCACUUUAUUAUCUUCAGCUGACAUUGGACUUACGGGUGCUUUUUGCAAGAUCCUGGAGUAGGAUGAAUGUGAAAGAAGGAAAAUGUUGUGAAUUCACCCUCCCCACACAAACUCACACCUCCCUCUCCCUUGAUAUGAAAUGACUUGAUCAGGGGGUACCUUAGCGUUAAGCGUAGUUUGUGAAGGAGGAGAAAGGAUUAUUCAUCCCACCCACUUAAGUCGCUCACCAUUCCACUUGAUCCAAGCGUUGAAUACAUCACAGAACCACAUCUCUGAACCACCACCAGCGGGGUCAUGUGCUGCAUCUUCCAGCUGCAGCUUCGACUGACUUACUGAAACUGUUGAAACCACAGCAUUUCCUGUGCCAUAAGAUAUUUUUACUGCAGCAGAACUGAUGCAUCAGAGAGAGACAAGAAACAAAAGAGAUAUAAUGCAGAAGAAACUGUGCUCAUAGCAACUUGACAACUGCAAUAUCACCAGUGAUCUGCAAUUUUACUAUAGUGUUAGAUUGAUUGCAGAUAAAACAGAGUUAAUUACUUUAAACCCAAUGUAAAAAUGUUGACAGAGGUUAAUUUACAUUCCAAUUACAGCACCACCCAUCCUGCUAAAAUACCAUUUGCAGAGGCAGAUAUCUGCCUCAAUAUCUUCUCUACAUGAACUUGACUUUGUGGCAGAGCUAUAGAGGUGACACAUGCUGCAGGCAGGAGCACACUGAAUUCCACCUUCAAGCCUGAAGUUGAUUUAAGCAGAGGAGAAGUGUUUCAACAUGCCUACGCUUGGAGCGGAAAGGCCUUGUAGAGACAGAGAGCUGCUCUUUUACUCUUUCUAAGAGUAGUGUAAGAUCCAGAGAGGUGAAUCAUUCUGCUCAGGUAAAUCAUACUGUACAGUAUGUGCAUCCUCAGAUACAACUUUCACUCAUACAAUGCAACACUGGGUCCUUGAUACAGAGCUUUUGAAACAGGGGCUAAAUAUCCCAUCACAGUUACUUUUCAAAUAAGCCUCACACCCUCACAAUAUGAAUUUGAAAGGAAGCACUAUUCUAGACUGAAGCAGUAAAAGAUCAGAGAAAGAUACAACCAAACAUAUAUUUCAAAUAAUUCAGCUCUUUCAAUCCUGUGUGUUGUAGCUGCUCUCAACCAAGAGUGCAUAACAGAACAGCUAAAGGAAAACACGAGUAAUGGCUAGUCCAGAUGUAUUCCCAAAUCUGAGCUUUGCAGGAUCUUAAAGGGCAAUGAAGCAUUAAGGUCAAAUCUUAAAAGUUUGUCCUCAGAUAAACACAUUUUGGAACACACACCUGGUAAGUCUGUGAAGUCUCAGGACUAUGUUGAAAACUUUGUAAACAUGCGAGGACUCAAAACAUCUUGUUUCAGCUAAGUGACCAGAAGGACAUUUUGGCCAUUCCACCCUAAAUCCUACUCUGGGGUUUAGAGUAUCGCUGACCACACUUAAAAUCUUUAACCCAUAAAAGAUGAAAGUGAGAGGCAAGACCCAAUUAGCAUUUUUUGGCCCUAAUUAAAACAAAAAGAAAAGUAAAAAUAGGAAGUGAGCAUCUGCUAUGGCUUUGGUUAGUCUUUGCCCCACCUUACAUCACUAUCUCCCAGAAUGUUGACUGAUUCAAAUCAUCUCGAUGAACUCUUUUACAUCUAAAAAAAUAUAUAUAUUCUUUAUUUAUUGAAGUGGGCAACACUGAGAUAUCAACUAGGAUUUUAAACUAAUUUCCAUUGGUUUCAACCAAGGUUCUACUGAUUUAAAUUUGAAUUAUUUGUUGAGAUUAAGUUCACGUAGGAUUAAACUGACUGGGCUGUAAACUUUGAAUAUUGUCAUCUACAGUCUGCACUGCUGGUCCUCCCAUCGGUCUUUCAUGUGAACAGGCUGCUAACUGCUGGCUCCAUCAGAGGACUCACUCUCCUCCCAGUGCACUUAAGGUAGCAUGAUUGGGUGGAGGGCAUGGGGGUGGGGGGUUUAUAAGGCCAAAUGGCCUCAUAGGAUUAGCAGCACUGCCUGCCAUUGUCAAGGCUAGACCCCAACUCCAAUCACCUCUGUAAUCUCCUGAGUUGUUCUCAAUACACAACCACAACUGCUGGGAAGGGACCUGUUUGUCUGCUCUUCCAUCCCCCCUGAGGUGCUUUGAAAUUCUGCUCACUGUCCUUUAACUUGGACUGCAAGAAGAGACCAGGGAGUGAGUCUUUUAUCCAUUACAGGCCUCUUACAUACAUAGUGUGUGACUGGGAUAGUGGUGACGACUACUAGAGUCUCAUCUUAGUCUUUGGGGAACUAUCUACAAAAUCAUAGCAGCUAUUGUUGUGAUUAUUUUUUUUAUUAUUUCCUACAAGUCUCUCAUAACAACAACCAGUCCGAAAAAAGUAGAACAAAUCAGGGACAGGCAGACUAAGGUAUUAGAUGUGUAUGUUCUAAUUUAAAUCACCAUCAUCAUUCAGAGCCCUUUCAGUUAUUUUUAUAGUCUCUAUAUGAACGGAAAAUACCAAACUGCUAAAAAUGAAUAAGUGUGUGAAAACAGAAUACAGCAUACCAUUAUUCAAAAAUCCCACUAUAUGCAACUGAACAAAAAGACACCCACAUCUACCCAGAGCAUGGUGACUGAGCUUGUGAAUUCACAACAAAGAGUCUCAACAUCAGGUAAUAAUCUCACCUGCCCCCCUCAGUCUGCUCUGACUACACCCCCUUGGCUGUGUAGACUCCACCCUUUUGUGUAAUAACCAAUCAAGUUCAAGGCCCACACAUUUCAAGGAUAGAGACCCCUGAUGUAUUUAACUUCAGAGUUAGAACAUCUGAAAGCACCACUUUGUCUCAAAACUUCAAGGAUCCACUUGGUGCUGUUGCUGGUGAGAACAGAAGGACGUAUUAAGAUGCAACACUUCUCUGGUAAGUUUUUUUUCUCAUUACACAUUAUGACUGGGUUAAAUAAGCAUGUGCAAUGUGACAAUGCACUGAUGUUUAAAGAGGGAGACGUAUACUGUGACUUGCUCUUUUUGGGCUGUAGGUAACCACUCUUGCAAGAUGCAUUUGACCAUUAUCAAAAUGUUUGAAAUACACAUUCUUCAUCUGCAUUUAAACAUGUGCAAUCAAAUUAUUUUACUGAUUUUGCUAUGGAGAUCCAACUAAGGAUGAGCUAAGCCAUUCUAAUCUUUUAUGCGUAGUAUAUGGAUUCCCAGCAGAACAGAGAUAUAAUGUCUAAAGUUCUGGAUCUUUUGUGAGACUAUCAACUCCUAAACUCAAUACUGCAAUACACCAGUCAUAUGUUCUAUAAAUACAGCUGCAGAACUGUUUACAUGUUUAUUUUUACUGUCUCCACAGACUCCAAAUCAAAUCUAAGCAUGCCCCGAUCCCCCCCAGCUGCUGACUCAUACCAGCAGGGCUGCAUUAGGAUGACCCUGGAGAAUGCUCAUCUCUGGAAGUCCUUCCACAGCAUUGGAACAGAGAUGAUUAUAACAAAACAUGGAAGGAGAAUGUUUCCACACUGCAGUGUCAGUCUAUCUGGGCUCCAACCUUUUGCAAAUUAUGUCAUAAUGAUGGACAUGGUUCCCGUGGACAGCUUCAAAUACAAGUGGAAAAAGGAGCAGUGGGAGGUCGCGGGGAAGGCUGAGCCCCAGCCCCCAUGUCGGACAUACAUGCACCCAGACUCCCCUGCCACAGGAAGCCACUGGAUGAAGCAGUCGUUGUCUUUCCUCAAGGUGAAGCUGACCAACAACACCUUGGAUCAGCAUGGUCAUAUCAUCCUGCACUCCAUGCAUCGCUACUACCCCAGGUUUCACGUGAUACAAGCAGACAGUCCUUACACCAUCCGCUGGGGCCCCUUUCAGACUUUCUCCUUCCCAGAGACGACUUUCACUGCAGUGACCGCUUACCAAAACCCAAAGAUCACUAAAUUGAAGAUUGACCACAAUCCUUUCGCCAAGGGAUUCAGGGAGGGAGGCACUCAUUCCCACAGUAAAAGGUGUGUCGUUCAAAUAGGAGCCCUCCUGCAAAGAGAGCCACAUUGGACAGGAAAGAUCUCUGUAGCAGUCCUCCAGAGGAUGCCCUCCACCUCUCAGUCAGUGCAGGCAGAGAAGAGCCAGGCCUCCAAACAGCAGUCACUGAAGAGGGGUCACCUUUCAGCCUGGGCUCUGGAGCAGGACCCAUCUGAGAGCCUACACGCUGAGCCCCUGGAGCUGCACGAGUACGACUACAGCUGUGAGGAACAGAUGGUGCCUGCAUCCAUGGCAUACCAGCCCUACAGACCCAAACAUCACUUUCUUUUCUCCAGAUCUGUGGACUACACCAGAUAUCCAUUCCCCUCCAGUGAUGUAGAUGCAGCGCACACCCUUGCCCACCAUCCACCUCACCCAUUUGCCACAACAGAACACAGUGCCCAGCAACAUGCCUACCACCACCAUGGCAAUGCGGCGGACUGGAGCCAGUACCCGCUCUUCUCGUACUCCUGUUGGUGAACUUUGACCUUUUGCAAUUGCAACAUCAGUGAUGGAGGAUUAAGUCACUAAAGCCUGGAGAGAAUGAAGAAAUGCUGUUAUUAAGAGACCAGCAACUAACUGAUAGGCCACUCCUGUAGUUUGUGUUAAAAGUGUAUAAAUGUGUACAAAGUUUCACAUAUUUCUAAGACCUUAUAGUGUCUGAGGUGUGUAUUACGGGUCACAAACAUGCUAGUUCAGCCUCCUCAGUUAUCUGCUCAAAGCAGACGCAGUAUGUGUUUUGAGAUCUAUACUGUAUAUAUUGUCCUGCGUCCAGUCAGGGGAAAUAAGUGUGAAAUUUAAUCUGGAGGUAUGACAGAAACAUAGCCAUCUCUACUGUAAGGCACCAUAUUAAAGUAUCAGAGGUUUUUUGAAAAAACUUGAAAAACAAUAUAGUAUAAAAUGCAUCAGAUAAGCCAUACGGUGCCAGAAUCAGGUUAUAUAUCAAUAAGUGACAAGACUGUAUAUUAGUGUCUCUAUGCUGAGGAGAUAAAUAGCACAAUAAAUGGAGAUGGAUAAAAACGGGUCAAUCUGUCUGACAUACAGGUGUGUUUUCAGGUAUUUUGACAAGAAUUAAGGACACACAGCUAAGCUAAUUCAUAAUGGGACGGGUUGUGCUGAAUACAUUUGAAUGUGAGCUGCAAAUCCAUAAAUAAAUGGCAGUUUACAGACACGCUAGCAGCACUAUGAAGCUUCAUUUAGGCACAGCAGGGCUAAAUGCUAACUUAAGCCUGCUGACAUACUGUCAACGAGCAGGUAAUAUGUUUACAAUGUUCAUCAUCUUAGUUUAGCACUUUAGCAUGCUAACAUUUGCCAAUUAGCAUUACACAAAAAGUACAUUUGAGGCUGAUGGGAAUGACAUUAGCUUUGCAGAUAGUUUGUCAUAAAUUUGAUCUGAUGAAUGUGUUAAAUGACAAGCUAAGGGAUCACCAUGGUUAUUACAAGCCAUCCUGAGAGGGACAUGAAUGCCUGUAACAAAUUUCAUGGCAAUCCAAACAAUAGUUAGAUAUAUGUGACUCAAAACCACAAAUACUAAUCUGCUGGUGGAGCUAUAUGAAAACUCCAUUCAUAUUGACUUGCCAAGGUGCAUCUAUAUUUCCUAUUACCACCAACAACACAUAAACAUAGAGCUCACUAUUAAUACUUGAGCACACUUGAAAUAAAUGCAAACAAAGCUUUGUGACAAAAUAAUAACAAUAAUAAAUCUUGAAAACAGCACUCUACAGUAUAUGUGAUGUUAUUGUUUCUGUUAUCCACUGCUGUACCACAGCAACUAAAGCUAUUAAAUAUCACAAGAAUACUAAAUAUGUCAUCAGCUGCAUUGGAAUCUUCUGAGCAGAUGCAUUACACAACAGCAGCACACUUAGAGAAGGGAAAGAGCGAGAAUGAUGGAGCAGUGAGAGACUGUCCUAGAGCAGUGAGUCUGACCUGAUAAAGUGAUGACAGUCAGCUAGUGUGGAAUUACCAUCAUAGUCUGGCAUAGUUUCCCCAGCAGAAGGCAGGAGCGUCUGUGCUGUAAAUGUUUUACGAGAGACAGAGAGGGAAACCAUAUCUGGGACAUUUAUAAAACUUCAGGGAGCAGACACUGCAAAGGAAUUUUCUAGAGCACACCAAGUGACAUGUUUUUGUGUAAUACACUUUUUUAACAUCAGUAUAAAAAUACAUAGAUGUGUGCCUUUUACCAGAGAGGCAAGUGAUGAAUUGUACCAAACCUGAAGAAGGUAUGGUUUCAGUCACCGCAUUUCCAAAGAGCACCUCAUUAACAUCAGACAUGCUGGCUAUAAGGAAGUUUGAAAUUGUGACUUUAUGAUUACAGGAUGGGCAUUUUAACCUCUCUUCCUGAGGUUGACUGGGUCAUCUGGGUCACCCACAUAGCUCAUCCUGGAUUCCUCUCACCUCGCUAUAAAACGAAUUAUACAACACAGAUGGGGUCAAUUAGCGUGCUUGAGUUACAAUUCCAGCACCGAAGGGCAUGUAAGCAUUUAGUCAAGGCUUUAAUCAGAGCAAACCAAUGUUAUAAGAUCUGUUCUUUACCUAAACAAUACCAUAAGAAAUAUGCAAAAUGUGUCACUAUGAGAGAAAUAUUUUACAUUAUCAAACAUUUUUAAUUUUAUUAAUUUUAUUGUUAUUAAAAGCACAUCACUUUUUUGGGGGUGAUCUAAUUUUAGGAAUAGUUGAAACAUUUAAUCCUGUCAUCUGUAGGAAGACAGGUGAAUUUAACUGGAAUAAGGUGUAUGGGUGACAUACUAUUCUUAGUCUGACUGUGCCUGUUACAACACUGAUUAAUUCAUGGGAUUACAUCUUGUCCAUCAUGGUUACCUACAUGGCUACACAUAAAAUAAAUGUACUCUUUUCGCAUCUUUACAGCCCCUACAGGGCAUCUGUAAAUGAGCAUGCAGUAUUUCUUGUUUGAGAGCUCAGUUAGAACUCACAAAAUGACCACAGACAGAUGCAAGAUGACUAUAAAGCAACACAAAACCACCACUAAAAACAAUGUAACUGCAACCUCUCAGUCUGGGGGUCAUAUAUAGGAAGAGUGGGGGGCCUUUUAUCUGUCUGUACCAAGGGGGACAUUUUCUCAAAAUCCACCCAUGUUACCAAUAAUAAAACACGUUCACACUGGUUGACUGGUGUAAACUUAACAGUGGCAGUAUGCAAAUGAAUGUAGAAUUAUUAUAGGCUUCACACUCAUCACACAUUUUCCCAAUUUUGAUGACCAUUGUGAUUAAUCUGAUAGUGCCAUCUGAACUCUAUAUCUCAUUGUUCAUUGUGUGAGAGUUGAUGCAGCUCUAAAAUCAUUGACAGCUCAGCAGGUUCUGCAUCAGGCUUGAGAGACUGGGGAUACAAAUUCUGUCUGGGUCUUGUACAAAGAGACAUUUUUCUGCACUAAUAGAAUCCAACCAAAAAACAAGCAACUUGCAUGCUCAUGGGUAGUGUUUUUGUAGCACUACAAUAUAUUCAGCACAUUUAUUUUAGAGUUCUAAUCCAUUUGAUUUCCAUACGGGUUGCUGGUGGUAUCGGCAAGUGCAGGAAUAGCGGACCCUGCCACCACAUUGAAAUCUACUAUAUAGACUGAACGUUAAUACUAUAAAUCAAUGUCGAUGUAUGUAGAUAAUUUACUUUCAUUUUUCCAAACAUCAAAGAUUCACUGUGCAUUCACCCCCAUGGGCCAAAUACUCUACAGCACGGCAGCUGCCAUGGCAGCUAGCUUGAGGGCGGUGGUGGUAAUGGACUGUAGGAAGGCCUUCAUCGACCGUGCCACACAUCCAUUUACACACACUGACUCACAUAUACACUGUGCCCUGAGGAAAGGUCAGACUCGGCAAAGUUUGAUUCAUUACGGUCAUUCUCACUGCAGCCACCACCUAUCACAGCCCAGACGAAUACAUCGAUUGGCUUUCAUGAAAAUUUAACCUGGCGCAUACACAACUACAAGGGACCAUCAUGAUAAAAUAUCUGCAAAAGGCAUCAUUCAAAAACGUAAUAUCUAAACCUGAGAAGCCAAACAAACUGACUCAUAAACAAGUUCUAACACUUAGUAUUAUAGAGUCUUUUCAUAGUGUGAAUGUGAUAUUUGAACACACACAGACAAUCAAUGCUAAUGUUUAUUAACCCAAUAAAUAUGACAGGAAUUAGAAGACCAAAUGCAUCCUCCACAGAUCACAGUCACAGAAAAGAACUGGAAUACUAUCUUAUAUAUCACUUAGAUCAGUCGGAUAAGACCUUCUGGUUGACAUGUUUUUACUUGUUUGUUUUACGUUCAAAAUGCCAAAGUAGAUUUUGAUGUAACUCAUCAAAAUAUGCCUGUGACUUCCCAACUUUAUCCAUAAGUUAUACACUCCCCCACAACCUUAUAGAAGCAACACAUCUUGCGGGUUAUUAUGAUAUACGAUGGCCAGAUAAGCAAAUAUUUCUAGGUUAGUACAUCAGCAGUGUGUUUUGUAUGAAGGGAUGCAUUAUGGCAUACAGACCAUUGCUAUCUGUGUAGAAUGGUAGCAUUCUACAGCCAUGGUACAAGCAUGUAUACCCAAGGGUAGUACACAAGGGAACAUAUAGCCAGAGCCCACCUUUCCAUUACUGGAAGCAUCUGAUCCAGAGUCAUCAAUAUACUAUCAGGACAUACAAAACAUUAUGGUAACAUUUUCAGGACCCAUUAGCCCAUACUUGUUAUUUGUACCUGGUUUGAAAAGUGCUGAACCAACAGUCAUGGGUCAUGCCCAUCUGAAACAUUGCCCUUGAAAAGUUUUCCACUCCCCAUCUCUAGGUCAGCUGACUUUCUUUUAUUAGCACUUCAUUAAAAUUCAUUAAUUGCUUCCUUUCUCCUGGGCGCAGCCAGAAUCAAAAACUGGAACUGUCAAAAAUUAGAGCAGGAGCAACUGUCCUGCGCUCCAGAUACACAACCUGUGACGCCAGGCUGCUGCAAACAUGUCCACACCCACCCAUCUGUGUUAAAUGAGACAACAAGCGCAUAGAGGACACCGGAGCGAACUUAAAGAAGUAGACGUAAAUUUUAUUUACUUGUUCUGUACAUAAAGGGUCAAUACCAGCACAGGUGUUAACCAUGGGAAAUAUUAACACAUGUAAAUGGUAUAAGAAAAUAAAAGGCACAAUUUUCAAUUCUUAAGUAAAAGACAGGCUUUCCUAGAAUAUGAGAAGAGAGCACAGUAAUACUGUUAAUGCCUUUACAAAACAACUCAGAAGCAUGAGAAAAGCGAGUUCACCUCAAGAAAGGAACUAAUCAGGGUGUAUUGCUUAAUUAGUAGAUUCCAUUAUGUUUGAUGAGGAAAACCCACACUGGUUUGUUUGCACAGACCAAGAGGGGUUAAAAUAAGAGAAACCUUUAUUUAAGGAAAUAAAUGACAUUAAGCAGCAUUUGGCUGGGGAGGACCAUCUCCCCAGCCAAGAGGUCAUGCACAGAGGCAACCAGCAGGCAUUUUUCCCUUUUGUAAAUGUCACCUUAGGUACUUUUGUUUAAUAACAUCACUCAUUUUAACAAAAAUGCUUGAUUUAAUAGCUGACUACAAACUGACAAAAUAAAAAAACAAAAAACAAAAUUGGGAAACAACUAAAAGCUGCUCAUUACUCUGAGUGAAUGGCCGAGCAGUGAUUCAAACAGAGAGCACUAGGCGGGGGGGGGACAAGUGAGCGAAAUGGUUCAUUUUUACAGCAGAAAUCUAGGUGUCUGCACUGUUUUUAAUCCUCGGCUCCUACUGGUCAAAUAGAAUUGGUUGAAGCACAGUACUAACAAAGACGCUUUCCACUACUCCGAAUGAGUCUGUUUGCAUAAAAAGAGUCAAAAACUUGUGCACAGACCGAAUAUUUAAGGAAUAAAGCAGGCUGAAAUCCUAAAUUGACAGGAGUUAACAUCACAUUAAAAACAUAAGGUUAGAGAGGGGGAUUGCAUGCACUAAAAGAUGCAUUUAUCUUACUCUCUGAAAAAGGCAUUAAUGGGAUCUCAUUGGCUUGCUGAGACACUUCCUCCUUCCCUGACCCUACACCACUGAAAGCGGAGCUUCUCACCUCAGUGGAAAGCCUUUAGCCCAAGUGCCCACACUGUGUUUGCAGCUAGCCUUGUAGUCAGAUGCUCGUGGGAAGUGCUGGCCAGGGCUACUGCCAUUGCUAUUUGACUUUUGGAAACCUGUUCAAAGCUUGGCACUCCUAUGCAGAAAAGUUGAAAUAUAUCUUCUAGUGCUUUGUGCUGUUGGCACUAAAACCUGCUAAUCUCUAAGCAAUGUCCAUUUAGUUCAAAAUGAUGAGAAUGACAGGAAAGAGAGGUACCAAGUAGACAUGCAAAAUUACCCCUCUACCAUAAAUCUUCUCCAUGUCACAAAAAACCCCAACAAAUAAACAAAAAACUAAUGUUGAUCAUGUGGCACAACUAAGAAAAAAAAAAAGAAA